CUUGAUAGCUUUCCUUCACCUUGGGACACUAAUGUAGUCCGAGAAUUCCUUCACGCAUCGCAAUAAGCCACAGUAGAUCCGUUCCGUUUCACUCUCAUCUCCAAGGGCGACGGGGAUCUUUGAAGAUAUCUUUAGAUCAGAUCUCACGCAUACCCGCCACUUUACAGAAUCACAAUGUCCCGGUUUGUGCCAGCUGGCACUGAUCCCGAGUCACGGCCAACAGAAGACGACGCCUGGGUAAAAGCUAAACAGCAAGUGGAAACUCUGAAAAAACCUAAACCCGUGAACGAGGGAAAUCAAGAAGGUGGGAAGAGUCUCUACGAGGUGCUACAAGCAAAUAAAGCCGCCAAGCAAGAAGCAUUUGAAGAGUCCAUCCGAUUGAAGAACCAAUUCCGUGCUCUUGACGAAGAUGAGGUAGACUUCCUCGAUUCUGUGCUAGAGUCCAGCAGAGCGAAAGAGGAUGCAGUCAAGCAGGAGACGGCCGAGCAGCUUGAAGCUUUUCGCAAGCAACGCGCUGAAGCAGAAAAGGAGCAUCUCGACCAAGGAAGUCCCUCUAAAGCCGAAAGUCUGGGCGCUCCGGUGGUCAAAAACGAAUGGUCCACACAAAAGAAGCGCCGCCGCCGUGACAAGGACAACGAAUCUGCUAGCGACAAUAAAUUGAGAAGGCUCUCAUCAUCAGUCGGACAUAAAUCUGUUGCUGCAGAAGCCCCGAAGAGCAAUAAUGCUGAAAAAGCGUACUCGCCCGAGGCUGCGAAACAAACACCCAAGGAUCAAAACAAGACCACUUCUACGACUGUUGCGCCUACGACCAACACUGUCGGACUAGGUUUGGGCGAUUAUCCUUCUGACGACGACUGAUAUACGAGCCAUGCCACUCAUGAUAGCUUCAUCACACCGUAUCAGGGUCAGUGGCAAUUCUGUCCAGCCGCUCCUUUUUGUCCCAUCGAUCAGCCUGACGACAGCGAAUACUCCCCCUGCAUGGUCUAAAUGAAAGAGCAAGAGCCCAGAGUACUCGCGUGUCGGUGCAUCUGUGCAACAUCACCAGUCGAUGCGCUCAGCUGUAACCUGGUAAGGAGGCCGUGGCUGGUGCAAAGCCAACCCAAUUAUGAGCUUUGAUGAAAACCGCCGUCAGCCGUUGGUUGAUUCAGAAGUGCAAAGGAUGGCCACAUUGCUUGAACUUGCACUCCGGGCCAUCCAUGGGCUUUGCGGCAAGCGCCCUAUCACCCGGGUACAGCCGAUUGCCGGAGAACUGCGUCACCCCUGCAUGAUUUGGGGGCCUCGCCUCGCCAAUGGCUACGGAUACUGCAUUGAGCGAUCAAAGGCGGCAAUGUUCAAUGGGCCAAGGGUCGCCUGUCUCGAAUCAUUUAAUACUACGAGGUAUCAGGUUGACCUCCAUCAUAUGGGCUCCCAAAAUACCAUGAUCCAUGGAUUCUUUCGAAGAGGUCGGGACCCUUGCUCGGACGAACGCUCAUGUGGACCCGCUGUUCCUUUGUUAGGGGAGCAUCAUUGAGUCUCGGGAUGGGUUGGAGCGAGCCAAUUGCUUUCGUCUUUGCGUCCGAGCGUUUGUUUAGGUGUGCCAACUAGGACGCGAUUCAGCACCCUUUCCCGGCAAACACACCACACCUGAGCGCUCCUCCCCUCCAGUGUUUACUUGGUCUAGCCCAUUGAAAGCUACGCAUAGCCCAAGCUUUCCAUCUGCCGUUUCCUAUUCGUCUCGACUCCCACCCAGCAGCUGUGGCGGUGAGGAACGGAACGACCUUAUUCAUCGCUUGUUUGCACGCGCCCC